ACACAUUGCCAUUCCACCUUUCUUGGGAGUGUCCCUGGCUGGACCCAGAAGGUAUUCCUCCAAGAUCCCUGGCUGCCAAGAUCUUUGUGUCUCUCCAGGUUUGAGGCUCUGCGGCCCCAUCCUCUGGAGAAGCCAGCCCCCAGCAUCAUGAAAGGCACCCUCAUUGCUGCGAUCAUUGCAGCAUUUGCCAUCACAGCUGUAGACUCCCUGGAUUGUGUACAGUGUCAUGUCUCCAACAACACCUGUUCUGACAACGCCAGUACGUGUGCACAAGAGUCCCUCAGUUGUGUGGCGUCCUUCAUCAACUCCACUGUAGGAGGAGUCUCCAAUUUGUACCAGAAUAAUUUCUGCUCGGCACUCAAUUGCACAGAGAACGCCACCAGAGAAGUGGACUUCACCGUGCGUGUGUUUGAUGACCAAAGAUUCCAUUUUGCAAGCCAGUGCUGCCAAGGAAAGGCUUGCAAUGACACCAGCCAUGACUCUGGAACACAGCAGAAGGACACCACUGAGUGCAUUUCCUGUUAUAGCCACAACAAAACUGUCUGCCAGGAGAAAACCCAGCUAUGUUACAAAGGAGAACAAUGUGUCCACAUCACUGUUGGGUUUGCAAAUGGUGCUGAUGAAGUAGAGCUGAGAGGCUGUUCCAACAUCAGCAAUGCUACCUGUCAAUUCCUGUCCCCCGAGAACACGACAGUUGGAGAAUUCAUUUUCAAGAAGGUUGAAUGCAUGAAGGCCACCACACCCCCAGGCUCUGUCAUCAGCUCAUCGGCCAACCUACCCAUCAAAAUUUCCUUUGCCUCCUCUGUCUUGGGUACCCUCCUUCUUCUGAAGCUGCUGUUGUGAGGUCCCUGGGCUCUGCCCCACCCGGUGUCCCUUCGGUGUUACCAUCUUUCUUCUCGAAUAUCUUCCAGUUUAAUUGUUCAGUGGGUUGGAAGUCACAGGACCCCAGGCGAUACUAGCAGCCACUUAUCUCCUUUAUUAAAGUGUUACUUGGUGUCUGGACAA